AUGACGGACUCACCUGUCUCUCAGUCCCCCGAGAGCCCAAAAGACAUCGACCUCUCUUCCACCAAUGGGUCACCUACUCUGGCUACCGGAGACAGUGCAUCCAAAUUGGAAGGGGCAACCGUUUCCCUUCCGCCUGGCUACCAUCCCAAAGUUGCGAAUGAUGGGAGAGCAUAUUAUUGGGACUAUUACACCCAAUCGUGGAGGUGGACGAUCCCUUCGACGACGAAAGUCACUAACCCUUUUCCCUUGCCUCCUCUGCCGGAUGGAUGGGAAGAGAGGUGGGAUGCGUUCGGUCGGGUUUACUUCGAGGAGCAACAAUCUGGAAAUAAGCAGUGGGCUCAUCCUGCUCUAGGGGCUCGGUGCGGCGAAGGACAUGGAGAAGAUGAGCAGGGCCUGGAGAUAGCGAAGGAGCUUUCGUUUCACCCCGCAACCCAGUGGAGAAGUCGAAUCACCGUCAACCUCGAUCAAAACGGCCAAGGCAUUAUCUCACCCCUUCGCCCUCACAUGCAGCAAACGUCCUCGAGCCUCGCCGGUCGACCCUACUACAUCAACGUCGUCACCGACACAGUGACGUGGCACGAACCCAUUGCACCAGGAUGCGAAACCAUGGAAAGCCCAGACGGUCGUGUGUACUACAUCGACCAUUACUUGAAAACCUCAUACUGGGAGAUGCCUGCGUUCUCAGAGGAGGUUACCGAUCCUUUCCCACUAUCGCCUCUGCCGGACGGAUGGGUUGUCGCACCAGACGAAUACGGCCGCAUCUGCUUUGUAGAGAAGGGGACGGGAAGGAAGAAGUGGACUCAUCCGGGGGACAGUGGAGAUAACGAAGCGGCUUUGGAAAUCUCGCGGAGACUCGGAUUCCAUCCACCAGAGAAUUGGAGGAGUAGAUUGACGAUUGAUUUGGGCGCUGGCAUCAAGAGCGCUGUGUUCGCCGCGGAGACGAGCCCAAGGGUUACCUUCAACUCCGCCACCUCGAAGCCUCUCGCGGGGCGGCCCUACUAUAUCAAUGUUGCCGAGAACUCAGUUACUUGGUCUCGUCCGGGGCGGAAUCAGACCUGA